AUGCAGCGAUCACCGCCAGCAAAAAUACAAAAAUACUCAUCAAAUCCUGACCUACCCGAAUCAGGUGAAGGAGACGACGACUUUGUUAGCUUCCGUAGGCGCAGGCUGCCCGAGGAUGAUAACACCAAACGAAUGAUGGAUUAUGUUGAGAAAAAACUGAGUGCUGAGCUUGAUUCAUGGAAGUCGCAGUUAGACGUCGUCAUCGCCGACAGUAUCAAAAAUUCUAUUGAUUCUAUUUUAGACAAAGAGAUCAAAAACAUUACCUCGACCAUAAACAAUUCCCUCAAGACAUUUGGAGACAAAUUAGAUAACAUCGAAAAAUCAUUAUCAUACGCGAUGGAGAGGCAGGACAGCAUUGAUUCGCGUUUAAAGCAGGUAGAAAGCAGAUUGAGCUCGAGUGAUGAUAUUAGCAGUCAAGUAACUCAAUUACAAGACAAAAUCGAUUCAAUGGAGCAGCAGGCGCGACUGUACAACAUUGAAAUAGCUAACUUGCCUGAGCGACGUGACGAAAAUUUAUUAGCUAUCGUUGAGAAGAUAGGUGCUGUCAUUAAACACCCCAUCAACAAAAGUGACAUUGUUUCCGCUCAUAGAGUGCCCCACUUUGAUAAGAAGUGCACCCGACCAAAAAAUAUAAUAGUUAAGUUUUCUACAAAAAUACUACGUGAUAACUUCAUGGCAGCAUCGCGAGCGAACAGAGGGCUGAAAUCGGACCAACUAUGUAUGCCUGGCACUGUAUGUUCAGUGUAUGUUAACGAACACCUUACAGCCAAAAACAAGCAGUUGUUUCGUUUAUGCCGAGAAGAAGCCAAAAAGUGUAGCUUUAAGUUUGUUUGGGUUAGUCGAGGAACUGUAUUGGUACGUCAAUCUGAGUCAUCUCCUAUAUUUGCUAUACGAUGCGAACAAGAUCUUAAAAAAAUCAAAGCUUAA